AUGAAUCCAACAAAUUCACAAAUUCAAAUUCCUAACUCAAAGAGCUUUUCACCUUCAUAUAAUCCUACUUAUUACGCGGUUUCUCAAGGUAACAACAAUCUCAUCGUCUCAUCUCAAUCGAAUCUUGAACAAGUAACCGAAAGUUCAACUGCAUCAAGUGAGAACAUGUGUCAUGUGGUUUCCACUCCGCCGCAGGCAGAUUCAAUGCAAUCUGCUCCAA